GUAGCUGCGGAUCGGGCCCGGGGGAGCUAGCGUGCUUGCGCUUCCCUUUCCGUUGGGCAUCGAUGCCUGUCGUAGGCAGGGUGGAGCUUAUUCCUCUGGAUCCCUGUACGUGAGGCUGUGUAGGAUCUAGGCGGUCGUCUCCUCCCAGCAAGGGCUUCUGUGCCUUUAGUAACUACAUGCCACGCAGAAUCUUGGCGGUAUGCAGGUGUCAGAGCGUGAAGGCGGGACCACCACAGGGAAUGGGCUGGAUAGCCCAACAACAUCUGAUCCCCAGCCUGUUCCCCCCUCAUCUCCCAAGCCCCCUUCAUUGGACCUCUUCAGUUUAGUGGUGUCCUACAAGCGGCUUGAGCUGUACCUGGAGCCGCUGCAGGAUAUUGCUGAAGGGAUGUGGUUCCUCCUCAGCUGGCAGAUGCCUGUCUGCUCCCUUCUCACCUGCCUGGGCCUCAACUUUCUGCUGCUGACUUUGAGUGAAGCUGCUUGGUACGGGCUGUGUGCCCUCCUGAUAUCUGUGCCUGCCAUGCUAGGCUACCUACAGGAGACAUGCCGUGUCCGUCUGACUGAAGAAGAGCUGGCACGUCGUAGGUUCCACAGCGUGCGGCGUGAGGAUGUCAGAAAAGUUCAGCUUUCACGGCAAGAGGCUGUGGCUGAAGUGAAGGGCUUCUUGAUCCAAUUGGAGGCCUUCCUGAGCCGGCUGUGUGGUGGCUUUGAGGCAGCCUACCGUGUCCUAUACUGGGAGAAUCCCUCUCUGUCCUCCCAGUUUUAUGGGAUGCUGAUGGGUUCAGUUUGUGCCCUCUACCUGCUGCCCUUGUGCUGGGUCUUCUUUCUUCUCAAUAAUGCCCUUUUCUUGGGCAACAUGGCAUUUUACCGAGUGGUACUGGAACUGAAGUCAGCUGUGGAACAACGCUUGGGCCUCACAUCUGUUUCUAGUAGUCCAGAGCUUGCAGAGCUGGAUGCAGGAGAAGGAGGGGCUGGAGUCCUGCCAGACCAGACACCCACACCCACCAGCACGGAGGAUCUGACCCCAGGCAGCGUGGAGGAAGCGGAGGAAGCGGAGCCUGAUGAUGAGUUCAAGGAUGCUAUUGAGGAGACACAGCUGCUGCCAAUGGAAGAGGAUGAUGUCUCCCAGCGCUUAAUAGAGUAUGAGCCAGGCCAUUCUGUUAGCACCUUCUUGACAAAGGAUGAGAUGAUUCGCGUAAAGAUGUCACGACUGGCAGAGCGUCUGCGCAAGCGCUACCCAACGAGUAACCUUGGCACUGGACUGGGAGCAAACUGUGCCAACUGUUCAGCCACUUUCUCUCUGUUGAAGAAGCGGCGAAACUGCAGUAACUGUGGGAAUAGUUUCUGCAGCAGAUGUUGCUCCUUCAGAGUUCCCAAGAGCUGUAUGGGGGCUACAGCACCUGAUGCCCAGCGGGAAACUGUCUUUGUGUGCGGACACUGUAAUCUAAUGCUCAUCAAGUGAGAAGCGGGUUCCGAGUCCUGUUCUCUGCUGGAUCUGCUCUGCCUCUUCGCCUGUACAUGCCGAUCCUUGUGGGACUGAAGCCAUGGCUUUGUGCUCUCGCACGGCCCCUCCCUGGAACUGUGAUAGGACGGGCUGGCGCACCUGACCCCCUGAGUGCUCUGUGUGUGCCUCUCCCCCGUGACUGGUGUGUGAGCCGCUGGGGAGGGGUUCUGCAGUCAGGCAGAACUGGACAGGAGGUUCUUUAUGUGUUAGAUUACUGUAAGCUUCCCCUUUGUUACUAGCCUGGGAGGGAAAAAGAGAUGGUCCUUUGGCUUCCUGAAGCCCUGAUCUCCUGCACCUUGUUACUUUCACAGGAGCUCUGCUGUGCAGGACUCCUCUUGGCUUCCGGACUGCCAGGUAUCCAAAAGGUCUGUUUCACUGUUGGGUAAGAUGCCAGUUGUUCUGAGGCGGAGACUGGUUCUUCCUUUGGAUGGCAGCUGUGGCUGGCUCUGCUCUGUAAAGAAGUUUGCCCCCCACCCCCAAAUUUGUCCCCUUGCAGCUGAGAACAUUGUGCAGCUGGAUCUGCUUUCUCUUCCUGCAUCGAACGGGGACAGAAUCCCUCUUCUCUUCCCUUUGCUAUUGUCUUUGCUCAUCCUAGGUAGCGCAUAGCCAAAGCUCCUCAGUUUGGCCUGGAGGGGAAUUAGACAUUGUCCCCCUUCAUCUGUGCACUGUGAGAGCAGAUACUUCUGCAGAUAUCUGGGAUUCUCAUUAAUCACAAAACUCAGGUGUGUGGGGUACCUGCUUCAGUAGGAGCUGGCUCGCAGAAGUGGGGUGUAUAUGGAUUGUUGCUGCUUUCUAGUAUCUGUUUUACUAAUAAAUGAUGUUAUUUGAGACUGGAGCCAGCACUCCCAGUGUCUAAAACAGCUUUUGAUGUGGGAGGGCCUAGGUAUGUGUCAGAGUUUGGGACGAAGGGCCUUUGAAUGCAGUCAUGAGGUGGGAGUUAUGAGACCUGGGUUGACAGAUUGGGGAAAGAGAGGAGGUUGCCACAUACAGGUUGAGAAGGUAUCAAGCUGGGAAGCAGAAAUGCAAUGGCUGGACUACCCUGUACUGAGCUGUGUGAGAUGCAGUGCAGUAGAGAAGGGAGUGGCAAAGGUAUGAUUGCUUUUGUAGAGGACUGCCCUCUUACAGCUUGAGGCGUCCUUUGCAGCACGUGCCAGUGCUGCAGAGUAGCUCACGGUGGUGGUGGUGGUGCUAUCCUGGGAUCAAAUGCUGAUGCAUUUCUUAUCCUCUUUGUCUGGGACAGAGUAUCCAGGAACACAAGUGUUACAUAAUAGUGUGUUAUGGACAUUAGUCUGACUGGAAAUCGAUUUUUGAAGGGCCACAAGAAGCACUACUUCGCAAUAUUUAACUUAUGAUACGGAGUUAAUUUCCAUUGACACUAGUGGUGGCUUAAAAACGUUUAGGCAAAUGUAGGGAGGAUAAUUAUAUCUUUGGGUUGGAUUCAGUGCAGAAUUUCAGCUUGUGCUAGAGCUCUGUUCAUUGGCUUCCCCUGUGUAAUCUGCCUUAAGUCUCCAUGAGAAAGGUGGGCCUUAAAUAAAAUAAGAAAAAUAUCUCUGUGGCUACUUGUGCUGAGUCAAGCUUAUGGUAUCCUCACUUGUGUUUCUGGUUGCAUAGGGUCUUGUACAAUCAGUUUCUGGUCACUGUAAUGUAUACAGAGGAAAGUGCUAAGUGUUGCACAAUAUCUUGUGCAAGCAGAACUGCAUUAAGUGUUUCCUUGUGUGCAUUGCUAGAUCAAAGCCGAGAUCUGUUGGGGUUGCUUAGUAAAUGGGAGUGGGCCACCAUUUUCAGAAGACUACCUCUUUUUCUGUCAGAGUGUAGUCAGUAGGUAGAUGCCUGCUGUGUAUUAGAGGCAUCUGCUUGGCCAUUGCUGGAGACCAGAUGCUGGACUACACCAACUGUCUUGCCAUCCUAAAAUACAAAGGGACUCUUAUCAAAGAUCCUCACUGUUGAUUC